AACUUGAGCUUUAGUACGUGAAACGGACGACCAAAACAAAGACUCGAUAAAGGUGACCGCGCAGUUUCAGAUGCCACUCGGAGGAGCCACGGAGGUCCCGCCACACCAACUCAGUGUGCCAAUAAGGUAGCUGGUGCGAGAUCACUAGUGACCCGGAGAGUCAUUCUGCCUAUUUUCCUUGGAAGAAAAGCCCCGAUUGGCUCUGCUCUUUCGUAUUCCUCUACGUUGCCGUCUGUCGUGAAUUCUUUUCUCAACAAAUGGGGAAAGUGACCAUGAGGGUCCGCGCCACAAAGACUCGCGGCGGCUCGGCUGGUGGUUUGCCAGAGGCCGCGGCGGAGAGGAGCGGGGGUUCGCGACUCUUUUCGCGUGGACGUUCAUGGAAUCUUUAGGGCAUUCUUCUCGAAGGUGGAGUUAUGUUUCGUUGUGUGUUCGUCCAUACUCUUCUUACCGACUUUGUCCUUUGAGAUUUUUCCUCGGUGCACACUCUUUCCGCGUCUUCUGCGUUACCGAAUCGACACAGCCGCACCCGUCGAAAGUCACUGUGCUGUAGAAGGUGCCCGCCUCGGCGGGCUUGCGGGGUUUCGCGCCGCAAAAGCAAUCUUCUUUCCUCGCUUUUUACGCCUUCUACAGAAUGUUUCGCCGCCGAUCGGCCAGCUGCACACCCGGGAAGUUCUGCGGUCGCCAGACAACAUCUUCAGACAGGCGGACGACACCGGCGCUGCCGGAAGCCUCUGCUCUCAGCGGGGUUGGAUCUGGGGAAGGCGCGACUGUGGGUUGCGUUUUCACCUUCGCGCAGAAAGCGACACACGUGGUCUUUCCUUUUCAGAAGCUUUUUUUUUGGCUCCACUCUGCGAAACCAGCGGGCAUCUCCCCUUUUGCACGCAGAGAAACUUUUCUUGUGGCUUCUGCGCACUCGCUGCCGCACGCACCCUAAACCCUGACCAGGAAAGGGAAGUUCCCGGUCCGCGAGGCGUCAACCUCUCUCCGUUUCGCGACCGAUUGAAGAAACUCGUUUCCGAGUUUCAUCUGAACGGUACAGACACCCUGCCGAGUGGUUUCUGAAAGACGCUAACGGUGCGCGGUGAGGGGUCGGAGAGGCUAUCCUUCUGUCGAGAGUGUGUGUGAAGACAGGAAAGCGGCGAGCGACCCUCUGGGCUGCUCCGGUUUUAUACACGAUCCCGGUUGGAUUCCCUACGGGUGAGAGAGGACUGUCCGUUUUUCCUUCUCUUUGAAACACACUUCGCACCGUUGGGCCGACCUCAAGCACCAGCAGCCACAGGAUCUCGACUGAAGAGCGUGACGGGCCGCUAGGUCGACCAUCGACCCUUCUUCCCAGUGGCUCCCAAGUUCCGUCUAGACAGGUAGCCGCCGUUUCCGAGUCGCUUCGGCGCUCGUGGAAUGAAGAAAAACAGUCGUCUGUGCGAACAGAAAAGGCUCCCUUUUUCUCGCCGUCCUCCCUCGAGUCUACACUACGUUGGAUGCGGGUGAGGGAAGGCAAAAGACGGCGUCCUUGCCUUCUUUCGCGCUCUCAAGCGUGGACGAGCCUCCAAUGCGGCCCAUGGCGCUUUUCUCCUCAGAGAGCUUCCAUUUGACAAUCCACGACUUUGCCUCGACGGGGGACCUCUAGAGGGCGUCUCACAGACAAGCCAGGUUGGGCGCUCGCAUUGGUGAGAGUUGAGUUUCUCUGGAGGUCGGCUGUUCCCUGCGUUUUCUCCCUUGAACUCUCUCUCCGCCGCGGACAGCAGAGCGCGUGCUUCGCUGACCCUGCUGGGGUGCCCCGCACCCGCGUUCUGGGGGCUGGAGACGCGCAGAUGGAGUCUCUCGCACAAUGGAGAUCCCGCGGCGACUGAAGGUGAGUGACGUUUCGCGCGUCCGGAGAGGGAGCUCGACUCGGGUGCGCCUCGGCUUCUGGUGUCUCCUGGGUCUCUGUCUGCUUGCGGAGGGGGAUGCCCAGUCUGAGAACAGACAGACUGCCGUGGAACCGAGGGAUGCGGAGGUGAGUUUUCCGCCUGAACGCGCUCAGGGUCAUUUUGACUCCACUCAAGACCGGGACCUGGAGUCGCAGACAGAGCACUCAUACUUCUCGCACCCGUUCGCGAGAAGCGCGAGCGAAACGGCCUCUGCCUCAAGAGAUGCUGAAGAAGGCGAGCAGAGUCUCCCAGUCGCGCCGCCAGGUUCCGUUGCUGUCCUGCCCCGCCUGCGGAGGAAGAGCGGGUCUCGCGCGUCCACAGGUCCAGACGAAAACGCGGCGGCAUCUCCAGAGUCUGACGAGGAAGAUGCGGACGUGGAAGCGGCGUCUGCCCGAGAGGCGAGCGAAACGAUGAACCGUUUGGAGGAGCCCGGCCGCGAGGCGGCUGAGGAGACUGCUCGCGUCCUCGGCGGCCCCGGAGCCGACGGAGUGCAAACUCUUCAUCUGGAGACGGUGAGGGAGAGUGGCGAAGACGCAGGCCGCGAAAAGAAGACGCAAGAGAAGCAUGACACUGAGGAACCAAGAGAUCAAGGAACGGAGACAAGCGCGCCGGUGGCUGGGCAGGAGGAACGCGCAGGCGACGACCCGAGUGCGAGAGCUUCGGAGGGUGUGAAUGCUGGCACCCAGAGAGUGCUGUCUCCAGCGACGGCUGUCGCUCACGGCGCCACCGAGCUAAGGUCGUUGUCGAAGAGGAGCUUCGUGUCUCAGAGGUCGCGCAGCCAGCCCCUGACAUGGAAGUCUGGUGCGAGACUCGCGGGCACCCUGACUUUGUCCACCGCAGUGUUUGCCGUGGCGCUGCAGCUUGUCGGGUGGCUUGUGGCUCGCGCGGAGCUGCAGCAUCGCGGGCGCGCCUUGGUAGACGCAUUCGUGGAUGCCAUCCCACACCGAGUCACGGUUCCUCGCUUCUUCCUGCUCUUCCUUCGGGAGCUCCACACCCCAGGGUCGCUCGUUGCCCUGGCGGAUCAGGUGGCGCGGCAAAUGUACGCGAUCGUUUGUCGCGUCGUGCGAGCGGUGGAGAAGCUUUUCGGCGCUGUGUUACCGAGGCAAGUGUUGAUCGUGGGAAGCGCGGCGGCGGGCCUCGCGUUCACGUUCGUCGCGCUCGGUCUCCGCUUGGUGACGCCGCGAAAGUUCCUGCCGCAGGUCGAGCCUGUGGUUCUCUUGACCGGCUGGGCGCUCGCUACCGCGCCGCUGGCGAUCUUGGCUUUCGACCUCCACAGAGGCGCCUUCGGCAGCCGGAGGCGAGAGGUCGUCCAGACGGUCUGGAGCGUCGCGCAGCACCACUUGGCUCUGCGAACCUUGAGUCUUGUGUUCUUCCUAAGUGGGUCGGGAAGCGUGAAACAAGCAUGGGGGUAUCUCGUCAUGGACGCCUUCUUGACGGCGACCUUCGUCUCGACCCUGCUCCGCGUAGCGUCCUCGCGAGAGACGUUCCAGAAGGGGGCGGGCGCCGCAGAGCGCCGAAGCGAGAGAUCCGCGCGUCAACAGGUGCGCGGGGAAUAGCCGGGAAAAAGGCGCGUCCGCGGAAAGAGAACGUCGAGAAAUCUGCAGUUCUCGACACUCACGGCCUGCGGUCCGAGUCGCGCGGCGAACCUCCGCUUCUGAGUGGCGCUUCUUUUGAACCGGAGUUCCUUGCGCGUGGAGAGCGAGAAACAGGUCCCUCACGCUCGCAGACUCGAGAAACUUCCCGCGCUUCAGUCUGGACCAAGGCUGAGCACACAUCCACGCAGUCUUGCUGCGUAACGGCUCGCUUCUGACCUUCCGAGCUUUUCCGACAGGAAGACGGAGAGACCUAUCGCUUCCCCGAAAGGCUUUCGCAACGGGCAACGCAGAGAGAGAGGCAAAGUGGGGAACCUCUGCGUGCGAACGGAGGCACCGAAAAGUGACACACCGAAACGCCCGAGGGACAAGAAAGGGAAGGUCCUUUUCCCCAUUUUUCAGUGGGUUCUGUUGUUCUGCGUUCGCCUGCGAAGCUUGUCGGGUCGCUCGGCCAGGGCAACGGGAUCAGGAGAGAAGAUCUGGAGAGAACAACAACGACGCACAACUGUGCGAGGCAAGCCGACAGGCUAUCGCUCGACUGUUGACGCAAGUGGGUAUCCAGGGAAAGUGGCGAAGCGGCUUUUUUUCUAUGCCUGUCGGUCGCCAGUUCUCAGGUUUUCAGAGAGUGGAAACCGCGACCCUCCCGCGUGGGCCAAGACACGCAAGAAGCCGAGUUUCCAGUGUCGCUGUCCGUAGUUCUUUGAAAGAACAGGCC